AUAGCUAAAAAGCUUCAGCUUGAGCGUUUAGCAAGAAACCUCAUAACCGCGAAUUACCCAAAUGUAUGCAAUAUUUUUGAAUGUGGCUUUUCAUUACGCGUUUUCGACGCUAGUGAUUCUUUUGCAGUGCUUUCAAUUACGGGUAUGUGCGAAGAACAUUACUUUCAGCCCCUCUAUUCUUCAAAGGAAAUUCAACCAAAACAAAGUGGGUGUGUGUGAGUGAGUUCUCCAAGGUAUAACCAACAUAGGUACACUUUAGGAGAAAGUAAAGCAAAUAGAAAGGAGAAACGGGGAAAAGCAGUUUUCAACUUAUGCGAACCGAGGUAUGAAACCGGGACAGAGGCCGCAGCUGAAUUAGUGUAUAUUUUCGUUCCAAGUUGAAUAGACAUUUUAGGUUUCUGCGUAUUAGAAACGGAUAGUUCGCAGGUUAUUUUGCUAUUGCUACUGUCAUUGUUGUGUGAUGUUUGUGAAUGUAUUAGUAUGUUGAGAAGAUUAUGACCAGCAGUAAGAUAAAGAAGGAGUUCUGAAAAAGGGACACGGCGAAGCAAAGGGAGAAGGGAUCGAAUUGUAGUGAAGUUUUAGGGCCCGUUGAUGCAUUUUAUAUCCCUUCCUCAGCGGUGCAGAUGUUGACGCGAGUUUAUUCAAAAGCUCAAAGACGUAGCUGGCAUCCGUUUGGCUGAAAUUGAUAUUUGUUUUUAUUGUAAUAAACUGUCAAUUGAUAAUUUAGUGUAUAUUGAUGAUCUAAAAAAAAAGUAUUCCAAAUUAUGAGAUAACAGUGGUUUUAUACAUUAGAAAUAGUUUGAGAGAAAAUUUAUGCUAGUUCUGUUUAUCUUCGUUGUGUAAAAAAAGCAAAGGUGAAAGUGUGGUCUUUGUUGGAUAAAAUCUUCGAUUGUAAGAUAAGGCUAUAGCUUAUCAAGUUUCGAGCGGGUGAUAAGAUCCGCUAUGGCCCUUUUAUCAAAUGGUGCUUCAUCAAUGCAGAUAACACCACCGUCCAGUAGCGCAGCACCUGCAAAAAGUGAUAGCAACGUGGACUUCAACUCCAAUGAUCAUAUUUUUUUCUCGAACCUGUUCAGUACACUGCCACGCUGGGAUGCCCCAGGAAAGAUUAGUACAGGACCGGUAACGGUGCCGCAAAGCAGCAGUAGUAGCGGAAAUCCAAAUUUCAGUCACAACACUUCGUUAGACCGCGAUAGUAUAAGUAUUCCGGAUGACGUGUUAUUUUCUAACGUACUAGGAGCGAUCGGAACUAGUAACGCGUGCGUUCAAAGCAACGAUAUUCUUGGUGCAAUAGGAACUCAGAUGACACCGAGUACUUCGCCGCAAACGAAUUCCUCUAAUGGAAGCUCUCAUUCGGUUGGUGCAGUGUGUGGACGCUGUGACACGCACGCAAUUAGUCGCUGCUUAGACUGCAAUGAUGUAUUGUGUGAGGACUGCACUCACAUCCACAGCAAAAAUAACUUUGCUAAAGAUCACUGUGUGAUCUCAAUUCACACGAUCUCGCCGAUUGGGUCGGCCCCAGGAGCACUAAGUGUUCCAAUGGCAAAUGAGCCGCACUGUGAUGUGCAUGGAGAAGUACUACGCUACCUAUGCGAAAAUUGUAAAAAAAUAGUUUGCCAGGAAUGUACAUUAUGGGACCACAAGGAUCAUUCUUGUAUCCCAGUAUCGAAUAUCUCACAUGGUGCAUCAGAAAAAAUAAUUUCUAUACUGGAAAGUGGAAAGUUGGGGACUAAAUAUAUAAAAGCUAGCAUUGAUCGAGCUGUGACAUACUCGCAAGCGGUUGAAAGAGAUGCAAUGGAAGCUUCAGCAAGAAUUCGUAAAGCUAUGCGGCAUUUCAUUUUGGCCGCCGAGGAUCGCGAGAGAACACUGUUAGAGCGGGUUGAUAAGUUUCGCCAACAAAAGCUCACUUCACUAUCUGACCAAAUGGCUGGAUUGCGGGCUGCAUUGGCAGGUCUUUCUCAGACGUCAGAUAUGCUUUCCAAAGCUUUAGAUUCAGUAGGUAACAUGAAUAGUAUGGAUAUAGCAAGGACACUUACGGCUGGUGAAAGCCAGAUGGAGCAAUUUGCUGCAAUGUACAAAAACCUUCAACCAAAAGAAGAGUUUAUCACCUUUGUUCCACCGAAUUUUGAACUUCUUCAAGAUAUACGCAUGCAAGGUGACGUACUGUUAGUAAAUCAACGUAGUAACUCAGUGUCCAACGGUUCUAACGUAUGCAUUCAACCACCAAGUGGCAAUAUCCUGACUCGGCGUCCUAUUGUUAGAAGCACUACACCUGCACAGCGUCCCAGUUCAUCAUCCUCUUGGGAUCAAGUUCCAUCAGCAAAACCCGUUCUUGGUUCAUCACCCACAGCUAUUGGGAUUGGCCCAGUACCAGGAGCACCAGUGUUAGGACAAUGCAUUCCCGGAUGCUCGUCUCAUGUGUCAGCAAAACCAGCUGUCGGUCCAAGUACAACAUUCGGGUUCGAUGGCCAUGAAGAUGGCCAAGUUUCACGUCCAUGGGGUAUUGCUGUAGAUAAAGAUGGAAAUGUGUUGGUUGCUGACAGACGCAAUAAUCGGGUACAAGUGUUUUAUUCGGAUGGUACGUUUAAGCUAAAGUUUGGUUCGAAGGGUACUGCUAAUGGACAGUUUGACCUGCCCGCUGGUAUUUGUACUGAUGCCCACAACCGCAUAAUCGUCGUUGACAAGGACAACCAUCGUGUGCAAAUAUUCUCUCCGAAUGGUUUAUUUCUGUUAAAAUUUGGUAGCUAUGGUAAAGAUUGUGGUCAGUUCCAGUAUCCAUGGGAUGUCGCUGUUAACGUUAAGGGAGAAAUACUGAUUACGGAUUCAAGAAAUCAUCGCAUCCAACUGUUUAACUCGGAAGGACAGUUUAUUUCACGCUUUAGCUUCGAUGGAGUCAAUCAUAGUCGUUAUUUAAAAGGUUUAACCACUCCACGUGGUGCGUGUUUUACGCCACAAGGAGACAUUAUUAUUUCGGAUUUUGAAAAUCAUCGGCUAUUGCUAAUAGAUAGUUCUUUAACAAAGGUACUUGCAGCAAAAGGACAUGAAGGUUCAGCGGUUCAUGAAUUUAGUCGGCCAUCGGGAAUUUGUUGUGAUGACGAUGGGCGUGUAAUAGUGGCAGAUUCGAAAAAUCAAAGAGUACUCAUCUUUUCACCACAAUUAGAGUUUUUGUGGGCCGUGGAAAUACGUCCUUCCUCGCAAAAUCUACUUACGGUGGGCAUGGAUGAGAAGGAUCGACCCAGUGACGUUGCAUUGUUGCCCGAUGGUCGUCUUGUAGUGAUGGUCGAAACAUCGCCAGAUGCUCGUGAUCAGUGCAGUCCUCAAAAAACUUUUAUUCAGAUAUACUAGGAAAGGCAAACUGUUCAUUACUUUCUGUUUUCAUUUUGUUUUAUUUGCCACCGUUUGUUUUCGAACGAAAUGGCUUAAUUUUAAAAAUUUUUAAUGAUUAGACAAAUUUUACACGCAUUCACGUUGCUACCUCUCGCAGAAUGAAAACCAAUUUUUGUGCUGAGCGUUUUGACACACGUACGAUGAGUAAACACUCACCUUUUAUACACUUUUUAUCACGAUAUAAACAAGAAACCAGGUUGCGUAGGUAAUUCUAAUAGUACAAGGACACGAGCAUGAUUGACUAAACCAUAGUACAAGUUAGUAAGUAACGAGCUGUGACUGAUAUAUAUGGUUUAGCAACUGGAAAAGCAAUUUCCGACGUGCAACCAAGAGCUAGAAAAAUGUUUUCCACAAAGACUUAGCAGCACAAAAGACUGAAAAGAAGAGGAAGGAGCCAGUUCAUGUCACAUAUGAUACUAUUUUUUAUCUAUUGCUUGUACUGUAUAAUGAUGUAUAUUUUUGUUUAAAGCAGUUUUCCGUCAUAUUGUUUUUGUUCCGAUUUUCUUUGUUCAUUAGAUCGUGAAGAUAGUGGAUCUAACGAGAUUAAAGUAAUUAACAGAAUAGUGUUAUUUAAAGCAGAUAUUUUCCAAGAAAAUUAUUAGUUUGCAUGAUGCAGGCAUUUAAACCUUCAAUUUUAUAUAUAAUCGAUUAUAUACCUAUUAUUAUGGACGCUGUUCACCUAAUUGUAUAUUUUGCAGCUAGUGAGCUAAAGUUUACUUUUUGAGUAUUACGCCAAGCAAGUUGGUGAUUUAGUUUAAUUUUAAGCUGAAAAGUUUACUUAGUAAAAUAUUGUGAGUAUAACCGUUGCAUGUAGAAACAUGUCCCAGUCAAAAUUCUACAAAAGAAGAUAAAAACGAGCAUUAAAAAUGACUUAAUUCGAUUUUUCAUUCACACUACACAAUAUUAGUCGCAUUCAUUUGCUUAAGUAGAAAUACCUUCGAACCAGUAAUACUGAAGAUACUUCAAUGGAAAACUCCUAAUUGGCACAAUAAAGCCUCAAAGCUAUUGCUAGUAAUGCAGGAGCAUUCUCAAAAACUACCCAGUAGAUGAUAACGAUAAUGAAAAGCAAACUAUAAGCAGCAAAGCUCGGUGAUUUACGAAAAGCCACUGUUCUUGUGAUUUUGUACGCGAAACAAAGUGAAGCUGACAGUUUAAACCUAAUUGAAAUAACACGUGUAACGAAAGCGAAAUUGGAAAUGAAGCUAGUGCCAGUAGAACGUGUGGAAGAAAUUUUCUUGAAAAGAAAGAAAAAUAGAACGAAUGUCUCGAUUCUCAAUCGAUUCCUAGGGAUGCUCGGAAUGUACCUAUAACGAUGAAUUCAAUUCGCUAUAAAAUGGAAUAAAUCAAACAUGCAAGUGUUGCCAUAAAAUCUCAAAGACAAAAAGACAUUAAAAACCAAUUUGGUAAUGAAUCGAAUCGCAAAAGAUGAAACAAUCUCACACAAUGGCGGAGCGGUAGAAAAUUACUGAUAAUAAAAAUUAGCAUAGCAUUAUACUGCGUUUUUGUAAUGUAAUUUAAUCAAAUUAAACUUUAGACCCUGGGACAUGCCAGGUGGUUUGGAAUUUCAAUUUUCCUGACUAUUAUUUAUAAAAUAAUACGAAACACACUCUAACGUAAAUUACAUUUAGUGCGUAAACAUAACCACCAUUUAGCAUGUUUAAUCGAAAUGUAUGUGUUCUCGUGCUUUGAUGUACUUUUUUGAAAAUUCCAAAACGCUAUAAAUUAUUUCGAUUCUAGCCGAAGUCAAUCCAGUAAACAAAGGUAUAUUAAGUGUGUGUUAAUUUUUUCUAAAUAUAAGGUCCUGAUUCUUUCUACCAUUUGAUUGGAAAAAAUAGAUUGAAUGCAGAGAAUGAAAAAUGCAAUUGAAAUGCAAUCUAGACAUGUAGUAAAUGUUAGCUUAAUCGCAAAACGAAAGUUCAUCACUCUAGCCCAAUAAAAAAUUCUGUUGAGUUACAGCCUAUGAAGCUACUAGUCAGUGGAUUCUGACUAAAUAACAGCUAAAUAGGUCAGUCCUUAACAAAAUUGUUUGUUGGGAGAUCUUGUAAGGAUGGCUAAUGAAAAAACACAAAUCUUAAUCAGAAAGAAGAAUUGCAAGAUUAAUUUUAAGUUGACUGAUCGAAACCAGUAAGACUGAGAAGUUCGACUGAGGAUGUAAACGGAUGAUACAAAGAUAAUGAAAAAAUCUCCAAAUUGUCUAGCGUCAAAUAUAUUGUGUUCGUGAAAUUAGAGCAAAAUAGAUUAUUGACAAAAAAGCAUGCAAAUGCGGAGCAAUAUUAAAGUUAAACAUGUGCGAACUACUAUUUUAUGGUUGAACAUUUAACACAUUGCUAUGUAAUAAAUUGAACUAAUCCGAAUCCUCACCGAAAUAAAUUUACCCAAAGAAAAAAAGGAGUGAAACUGUAAUCCAUAGUUUAUGAUAAACUCAAAAAAAAAAAACAA